UAGAUAUUUGUUUAUUUCGUAAAAUAUGUUAAUUUUUUUAACUGACUAAAAAAAUAAUUGAAAACACAUUUUGUUACUUAUUCAAAAAUUUACUAAAUUUUUAAAAUAAUUGUUAAGAAAAGUAUUUUGGAAUGUAGAUAUGGCAACAGUGUCCUCAAACUUAACGCCUGAUUCUCUAGUUGUUGUUUCGCUCCGACAGUCGUUGGUUGUUUGUCGUUGAAUUGAGAGAGCUCGAGUUCGAUUUCUGAUACGAGUUUCGUAAACUUUUCCAAACUUUUCCAACUCCAACAACAGUUGACCAGUGUAGUUUCUUGUGAGUUUUAGUGACUUUUCAAAUAUGAAGGGUCUCACUUGGCGGCAGCUAUACUGUUAUACAGUUUUCCUCACGAUUUUUACAGGUGUCGCUGGACAGGAAAUCAAAUUGGAGAUCCAACCAAAUGAAAAAGUUAUAACGAAAGAAGUUGGUCGUGCUCUACCUCUAACUUGUCGACCUGUUGUUCCGGAUCCUACAUUAGUUACCCAAUUAGAGUGGAGGGAUAAAUUCGACAGGAAAAUAGAUAGUUUCAAUAGAGCUAGUCCCAUAUAUGUACUGAACUCACCGGGUGAACAAGGGGCUGUUUUGAUCUUCUCCAGUUUAACAUCAAAUCAAGCAGGAAGGUAUAGUUGCCACGCUUUUUAUGCAAAUACAGAACCACUCACCGCAUCAGUAGAAAUUAGGACUUACGAGGAUAUAAAGUUUGUGGAUGCACCCGAGAAUCAAUAUCCUGUCGUAGGUCGAGACUUUAAAGUAAAAUGUAAAGUUAAAGGUAACCCGACACCUACCAUCGAUUGGAACAGAAAUGACCAAGCUAUUACUACAAACGAUAAAUACGUUGUAGAUACCGACGAAUUACUCAUUAAAAACGUAACUGAAGCAGAUGACGGCGCAUAUAAAUGUAAUGCUAUUGAAAUAUCCACAGGACAAUUCAAAACAAGGAAUAUAAAUAUUGAAGUUCAAGUACCACCGAAAAUCAAACCAAUGGACCCCAUAACAAUCGUAGAGGGUGAAACAGCAUCGGCGAAAUGUGUAGCUACCGGUAAACCACCACCGACUUACCAAUGGAUCAAAUUGAAGAACCGCGAAGAUCUAUCAGUCGUUGAUAGAUUCGAAGUGAAGAAAAACACCGGAGAAUUGAUAAUGAAUCGAGUGGAAUACGAAAGCGACGACGGUUUAUACACGUGCAUUGCCGAAAAUACAGUGGAUAGAGUAGAAACAACCGUUAGAAUAAACGUUCUAGUUAAACCGAAAAUAAUAGAACUGUUAAAUAUAACAGCUCCGAUUAAAACACGAACAGAAAUAAUCUGCAAAGCGUACGGUAGACCACCACCUAAAGUAACCUUCAGAAAACUGAGCAGAAAGGAUCCUUUCAAAGUUGGAAAACAAUUGGACGAUGAUAGAAUAUCUUUAGAACAACAAUCUAUUUCAGAUCGAGGAGAAUCAUUCGGUACAUUGAUCAUAUCGAAUCUAAGUAGACCUGAUGAUGGUCUUUACGAAUGUAUAGCGGAUAAUACUGCCGGUACUGCUUAUAAAAACGGACAUAUAACAGUAGAAUUUCCACCUUCAUUCGAAAGAACUAAAAAUUUACCGCCUGUUUGGAUAUGGGAUAACAAACCGGGUAACUUGACUUGUCUUCCCGAAGCUAUACCGAACGCUACGAUCAUAUGGAAAUACGGCGACAUCGAAAUCCAGGAUAAUAACAAUUUUCAAAAAAUCGGAAAUGGUCCUGCUUCCUAUCUCAUAGUGAAACCUUACAACGAUAAACGAUUUUUUACUGAAUACAAAUGCGUAGCUACCAAUAAACUUGGACAAGCCACCAAUAAAAUAUAUUUGAAACAAGGUUUCGUACCAGGACCGGUUUCCCAAGUCAAAACCGAAUUUAUUACAGCGACAAGUAUCAGAUGGAGUAUCAUACCAGCUAAUCAUUUCGAUGGUUUACCACUAAGAUCGUAUACCGUUCGAUAUAAGCCCGAGAGGGAAUUAUCGUGGGAUUUUGCUAGAAACCACACCUGGAGUUUUGGAGCUCCGUAUAUAUUAGAAGGUCUAAUACCUGAAGAAACUUACCAUUUCCAAUUUGCUGCUAGAAACGAUGUCGGAAUGGGUGCAUUCCAAAACGCUCAAUCUGUAACGAUGCCCAGGAGAUCGGUACCAUCCGAACCGAAGAUAUUGACAGAAACAAAUAAGAUUAGAGACGAAAAUAGCAGUAAUAGAGAAGAAAUGCUCGCUAUGAGUCCUUAUGCCGAUCAUUACGAAUUGAGAUGGAGUGUACCAAAUGAUAAUGGAGAUCCUAUAAUGAACUAUUUUAUUAGAUAUUGCGUGACUGAAAAAAUCAAUGGCGAAUGGCGUGAUCGUGAUUGUACCGAACAAAUCGAACGAUCCAUUCAAUAUACCAGCUUCGAAUUGGACAAACUCCUUCCAGAUACGAUCUAUAAGAUCGAAGUGCGCGCGCAUAACUCCAUCGGUGACAGUUCACCAGCUCAAGUCAAAGUUAAGACGGCAAGAGCCUCUUCAGGGUUGUAUUGGAACUCAGCGACGACAAUACGCUCGUUACGCCCUCUACAAGCUGCUAUGACUAUUAUAGUGACGGUUUUCGUGCUAUAUUUUCAAUGGUGCUAAAUAUUCGAAAAAUAGUUAUAAAAAAUUAAUGAGAAAGAACAAAAACUAUAUAUAAAAAAAAUUGGUGUGUUAAAUUAUGUGUUCUAAAAACGAUCCCCGCACCAAAAGUGUAAAUAAAACCUUGUUAAGUAACAGAGUGGAUAAAAUAUUCAUAACUAGUAUCGAAAUAAUUUUAAUAUUUAUUAUUUCUUUUUAAAACUUUUUUAUCGCAAUCAAUUUAUCAAAAAAUUUAUAGAUAGAAUGUGUAUAGUAUCUUCAACCCCCUUUGAAUUACUAUAUAUUUUGAUCCAGCCGCGCCUCUAUCAAUUUCUUCUAAUUUGGUCCGGACUCUGGUUCUCUCUAUCCAAAAACAUUUGUGCCCAGUUUCUCACAAAUCCAUCCCUAACUCAUCUAAUUAUCUCGAUCAAUUUUUAGUCCACGUACUUUUCUAACAAUUUCUUAUAAUUUGGCAAGGUCCAGACUCUGUUUUUGUCUAUCCAGAGCCAUUUGUUUCCAGUUUCCCAACUCUUCCCAAAUCCAUCUGUAACUCAUUCAAUUAUCUCGAUUUUUUUUUUGGUUCACACUUCUUUUAUUUUGACCAGGUUCGGACACUAUUAAAAUAUUUAUAAAUAAAUCAACGUUUUUGUCAUUUUGACGACGAUUAAAAUUUUUUGCAUAAACAUUCAGUAUAAUUCGAGUUGUGGCAAAUAAGUUACGGCAAGUUAUUAAUAAGAAACAAGUUUUAUACAAAUUUUUAUCAUCGACCUUCGCACUAGUUUCCUUUUAAACAUUAUCCUGGAAGAGUCCUUUGGUAAUAAUCUGAAGUUAACUCUUUCACAACCACAGGAGCGUUUUUUUAUGCUCUCGGGUACCAUGAAGUGUUAAUUUAUAUUGGGGAAACGGCAAUAUAGGGUUUAAUUGAGUGAACUAUCAUUGGAAUGUCCUAAAACUAUUUGGCCUCCAAGAAUAUUUCCACGAAGAAAAGGAAAUUUUUCUCAUCAAUUUCCAUCCUCUAAUUACUUUGAUUACGAGUUCAAGAUAAAAAUUUUCAUAUUUUACUAAAAAUUGAACAAUCCCUCAUUUGGGUUGGAAUAAAACUGAGAUGAGAUAUGAUUUUAUCUUGAAGAAAGAAAACAUUUACAAUAUCAGGAUUGAUAGGGAAAGUGAUUGUUGAAAUCCCUUAUUUGCCAGAAAAACCUAUGAGCUGGUGCUUUGUGGUCCUAAACUGCUUUACAAUAUAUCCUCGAUUUAAAAAUAGGAUUUUUAGUCUCGGCUUGGCCAUUUUUACAUUAAUUGGACUUUUCUUACUAAUUUCCAUCCUCUAUUGAUUUUGUUCACGAGAUUUGAGAUAAUUUACUUAUAUUUUCGUUAGAUAUUACCAAAAAUUAAACUAUACCAGAUUUGUUUUUGGAAAAAUAUGCACAAAAUCUAUACUAACUACUUAAGGAUUGGAAUAAAACUGAGGAAAGUAAAUGUGAAUUGGUUUCCGGAACUUUAUUGUAUUUGUAUAAUCGACUUUCUUAUAAGCGAGUUCUGUAGCUUUUCCUUGUGUUGAAGUUUUAAGUUAUCUAACCGUUUUUUUUUAAACUAUAGGUCGAGGUUAGAAAAUUAUUUUACGAAAAUCUUUUCUUAAAAUUACGUUUUGUAGCAAGUUACAGCAAGAUGAUUAAUUUUUCGGAACUUCUUUGCUAUACCUCGUAUUAAUGGGCUUCGUUUUAAUCUGCUUUUUUCGUAUCAAAAGCUCAAAAGUUCAUAAUUUUUUUAUUUUGAAAAUAUUUUAAUUCUUUAAUUAUUGUAUUGUUUUUUUGAAUAAAGAUUUUCCACAUUUUCCAAAUAAUUUUCACCGAAGUUUUUUCUCAACUUACAAUUCCGCGUCACAUAAUUUUUUUUCUUGAUAAACUCCAGAGUGUAUAACAAAAUACCUUUAAGAAAAUCAUUUUAAAAAGUUUUACGUUACCUCAAUCAUUUUCUUUGAUUAUUGCACAGUCUGUAUAUAAAAAUUUUAUUUUUCAAGUUGAGUUACCCAAUUUUCUAUUAAAUUUUUCUAAUUUCUACUUUUAUGUAGGUCGAAAAAAUGUUUAUCUGGUUUACAAAUAUUUUGAUAUAAAAAGAAAUUAUUAUUAAAAAAAGCUAGUUUUGAUCUUUAUCCACUCAAUUAGUAAUAUUCCAAAGUAAAAAAAUAUUUCAAUCAUCUUUGCAUGACGUCGACAUUCCAUUUUAAAAAAAUCAGUACCAGUUUCGAAUUAUUUCUCCAUCAUCAAUAGACGAUUCAAUUUGUUAUACUUCCCAUUUUUCAUAAUAUCCCAAAAAUAGGAAUAUGAAAAAUUAUAAAUAUUUAAUAGCAUACGUGGUGUGUUAAAAAUUUAUCCCAACUUCGAUUCCGUGAUUAGAAAUCUUCUUUAUUUGUUAAAAUCUUUAUAAAAACAUUUCUUGUUUUUUUUCCCAUAAUUCUAAAGCGAUAUAUGACCAAACUUAUCAACUUAUCUACAGGUAAGUCGUACAAUAUUUGCAUUAACGUCUUUUUUUAAUAUGUGGUUUGAUCGUUAAAUGCCCUCCGGUGACAUAAUUUUGAAAAUAAAACUUUUCAAUCACUCCAUUCGAUUGUCUCAGUUAUUUCUUAUAAAAAAUGGUACAUUUAACAUUUAAAAAUAUGGUAAAAGAAUAUAUAUUCAUAUAUUAUUUAUAUUAAGAAAUUUUAUAUCAAAAGUUUUGUAAUGACAUAAUUACCAAAAAGAUUUAGUCAUUUGUCGAAUGCGUUUCCCACGUUCCCAAAUUUAAUUCCAUCUACAAUAGUGGUCGGAUAUACAUACAAUGUACGAGUGCCCUACGAAAGCAAAUCUUCUUAAAAUCACCACAAUUCUAGUCUUGCAGAGGAAAUUUGUUCCUAUAUCAGGGUCAUUCCUGAAAUAAACCAGAUGUUAACAGUGAUAAAACCAUAUGAAACAUCCAAGUGAGAUAUUUUUCAUAUUUUUUUUCGUAAAUCAGAAGUGAACAACAAAGAUUUAAAAAAAUCAUUGGAGUAGGAUGUGUUUUCGAUUUUAUGGAACCAAAAAAAAACAAGGUGUCUGUGCGAAAAAAAAUCAGUGUCAAAGUACUGUUCUGGUUAAUACAUCCCAACGUUACUUCCAUGAUAAGAAGGUCUCCUUCGUGGUUGAUAACAAUGUCAUCUCUUUUUAAUAUUUAAUAAAAAACAAAUAUUUCCAUUUGAAAAUCAUCUCUCGUGAAAUCUUCAUCAACCUCUUUAAUAGUUGAUCGUAUUCUAAAAUAUUUACUCUUCCUAUAUUUUCAUUUGUUAUUUAGCUCGAACCUUUUCUCGUCCUCAACUGAUUAUAAAUCGUCCUUAAAGUUACUAGAUUAUAACAAAAAACAAAUUACAACAUUUUGUUACAUUCUGUGGUACUUUUUUUGAAGGAAUAACGUCAUUGCAUCUAUGUUUCACGACGGACAUUGCAAUUACGGUCUCAAUAAAGUUGAUACAAUUUAAAUAGUAUGAAAAUUUAUCCGUCGUUUGGUCCAUACCUUAUAUUCAUAAAUCUGAUCCCUUUGAUAUUUACAUAGAAUAUUUUUUUUUUCUACACCGACUCGGAAACAAUAUUUUUUUAUUCAAUUGUUUUUGUUUCUCAUUUUCUUCUAUUUUUCCUUUUUUUAUAAAAUAUAAUAUAAAAAUUAAUUUAAUAAUAAAUCAAAUUUGAAAUGGGUACUGAUUUUUGAAAAUUUACAUUUCAUAUUUAAUUUAAGCACCAAAGCAUGGCUACAUUUCGUUAUUUUUUUUUAAUUUUUGCCUAUAUAGUUAUUGCAGCUUUUCACGUUAAAUCCGUUUUUAUUGGGCUUCAUUUUCAUUUAGUUUAGUUCGAUCAUCAUUUUUAUCCAUAUUUUUUUUGUUUCCCUAAAUUUAUUUUAUAUUUUUAUAUAUGAAUCGAAAAUGUCGUCGAACGCUUUCUCUAGAUAAAUUUUAUGAAAUCAUUUUUAUAAUUUUUCGUUUUGACGAACGAUAACACUUAAAUAAAGUCGAAAAAAUACUUUGUGCUCUUUUUUACUUUAAAUUCUUUCUGGAAAAAAAUUAACGCACCAUUCUUGUUUAUAAUUGAUCUUAACUUAGGCCUUUCUGGAACUUCUUUGGGAACGCGCUAAAACAUUAAAUUUAUCACCAAGGAAUUAUAUCAUUGAAGGAAGCUGUACUAACAUCGAUUCUGGACUAGGAAGAUCCUAUUUCAGCAAAGUUUUUUUGUGAGACGAAAUCUCACAACCAAAGACCAAUACAAUGUAGAAAACGUGCCAAAAAAUUACAUGUACAUAAAUCAGGAUUAUACAAUAGCCUCUACUAACCAAAAAAUAUCAAAUUUAUUGUUUCAAUUAACUCAGAAUCAGACUAGUGAAAUAUUGGAUAAAAAAUCUACUUUAUAAUGAAACUAUGAGUUACCCUUAAAGGUCUAAAUUAAAGUGAAUGUGUCUGGUGAAAGUUGGAGGACAAAUUUGGAAGCCUCAAUAUCUCAGCUAAAGCUCCUUCUGUCAAUGGCUUUAAAUAAAUACCUGUACAAGGUUGGAACAUAUAAUGUCUUCUGCUCCUUGUCUUGGUCCUUAUUUCAUGUUUCUAGCCAUGUUAUUGCCUACUGCUGUUGAUAUCUAUUCGUUAGAUUGGACAGAUAUGAAACAUCAGUGGCACGAGCUCAAAAAAGUCGUGGAUCUCCCGCUGUCAAUCACAACCGACUGCUGGUGGCCACAAACUUUUAUUAAGCAUGUAAUAACUAGUAUGCUUAAAUGUAAUAAUAGAUUAUGAGUAUGUUGACUGUUUUUUAUCAUUUUAUUAUAAAUUUCAUGUUGAUUAAAUGUGGUGCGUCAAUUUUAUCCAGAAGAUUAUUUUUCAAUCAAUAAUUUUGAAUUUUUUUUAACUAAUUUUUGUUAAAAAAUGUUGUUUGGUUCAUUAUUAUCAUAUCCAUUUAUAUAUAAGACAUAACAUGGCGCAUGGACGAAAUUUUCUGUUUAUAAUCGCCACUAUCUAAACAUAGAGAUACAAGUUUCGACAUAAAUCAAUAGUUAUAGCUCUCCCAUUUAUAAUUGCAGCUUAAAAGCGGCAUCGAUUGAGGGGAAUAAGUGAUAUUAAUAAUUUUAAUAAAAUAUGAUACGCAUCGACUCGAACAAGUCCUUUUUAAGCUUCCGGAUAACAAAAUUCCAAAAUAAACGAAAAUAAGGUCUUUACGCAAAUCAAAAUAAAACGUAUAGCAACAAGAAUAAUUUGUAUUAUAAUGAGGAAAAGAUUCUGAUUCUUUUAGUAUUAAAUAGUCCUGUUUUGAAACGACGUUUCGGUUUUAAUCCUUGUCUAGUUUUCAUACCAUUUAUAUGUGAUUUACCUGAAGGUUUUUUUGACAAUUUCGUUUAUCUGAUCAUGAAUCAUCAUUCUUCUUAAUGGCAUCUAAUAACAUCACGCAAAUUUGUCUUACAUCGUUGUUUCUCUGGUGGUUUCGUGGAAUAAGGCUUGUUAUCUCCUUUAGUUUUAUUUUCUCAUCUAUUUUGAAACCACAUUUCGGUCUCAAUCCUUGUCCAGCUUUCAUACCAUCUCUAUGUGAUUUACCUGAAGGAUUUCUUUUGACAAAUUCGUUUACCUAAUAAUCAGUUAUCAUUUUUUCCAUCUAAUAACAUCACACAAAUUUGUUUUACUUCGUUGUUUCUCUAGUGGUUAUGUGGAAUACUGCCUGCUUGUCUUCUAUCGUUCGAAUCUUCAUAAUUGGCUUUAUAACAAAGGGACCUGGAUCAGUGUCCAAAUAAAGAUAUUGCAUAGUAUCCGAGUCGGUUGUAACUUACUCGGAUUCACUUGUAAUUUGUACACAAUUCUUCUUCUUGUGGUUAUCCGUGACAAUCAAUCAGGAUUUUCAAAUCUUUUAUAUUAUCAGCAUAUAUAAUGGUGCCAUCUGCAUAUCUGAUGUUGUGUAGACUGUAUUUAGCAUUAUAAUUUUUUCUGCCCCAAAUAGGGCUUCACUGAAUAUCCAUUCUAAGUACCAGUUAAAGAUGAAAAUUUGACGAACUCCUCUUAUCAUUUUCACUUUAUUUGUGUCUUCUACUUCGAUACCAAAGUUUGCAGAUUGGUUCCAGUUGAUGUUUCCAAUUUAUCUCAGGUCCUACUUUAGGUGUCUCCAUCAUUUUUCCAUGUUUCCUUGUACACAACACGAUUUAUUAUACACUACGAAAAAAAUUGAAAAAAGUUUCUACCCCCCUAUAAUUUGCUUAUACUCUCCCUAGUUUUUGAUUGCUAUUGUAAAUGGAAGAUCUUUAAGUUAUCAGUAUAUCAACUUGAUGAAAUUGAAAAUUUAAUGUCCCUGAUCAAUUAUAAAAAUGAUUAAAUAUUUAGCAAGUAUUUCGAAGUAUGUUAGAAAUGGUAUGAAUGAGAGUGAAUAAUAAAUAAUAUUGUAAAUCCUCUUCCCCAAUUGCCAAUCAUAGUUAGAUUUUAUGAAAUUGAACUAAAUAAAAAAUGUACUAGUUGUCUAAUUGUAUAUUGAAUAGAAUCUAGGAAUAAACAAUCAGCUUAAGUUUUUUUUUGUUAAUAUUUUUACCACAUAUUUGAAACGACAAUUUUUUACAUAAUAAUUUGGAAUCUUCUAUAGAAUAAAUGUUAUUGUGUAUAUACGAAGUAUAUUUCACGUUAAGAUGGUUAUAAAUUUUAAAAUCGGUUAAUUUUUAUUAAUAUAAAAUAGUUGAAAAAAUUUAUUCAAAUUUGAAAUUAUAAUACAUUAAAUCAAUUUUUUUCCAAAUAUCCCAUGAAUUAUGAAUUUUUUAUUACAUCUCUUAGUGUCUUUUUAAACUUUCAAUCUAUUUAUUUCUCUUGCCUGUUCUACGGCUUUUUUAUUCCCACAUUUUUCGUAUUUUAUUCAAGGGCUAUUUGAAAAGUAGGAAACGUUUUGGUAUUAUAAAAAUGUGGAAUAUCAUCAACAUUCCAAUUCUACUUUUCUACAUAUUUAUUAAAUCAAACGUUUAUUUGUAACGUCAUAACAAAAAUUAUGACCAGAAUAUAGGGAAACAGUUUCAGAAGUUUUUAGUAACUUUCAGUAUGAGUUUGAAAACGUGAGGUUUUCUGUGCUAAAGCUUUCCCAAGCAAAGUAAAUUGUAACAAUUUUUCUGUAAACGCAAUCCCAAAAAAAAAAUAGUUUGUAAGAAGUGCAGCUUCAAGAGUAGACUUUCAUUUUUUUUUCUGCUUAAAUGUUCUACUAACUAAUUAAUUUUUUAACAUGUUUCAGUUCUGUUUUUAAUUGCUUUAUCUCCCUUAUCUCUUAUUCUUUCAACUCGGAUUGAUGAUGGUCAAUUCAAAGUUCACGUUGAGCACCCUUGUCAAUAUUCUUCGCUCAAUUUUGAGUUUUUGUUACUAUUUUUUAUUGAAUUUCUAUGUACUUUUUAAAAAUUUUUCUUUGUUUUUCACUAUUUUUUCCUUCUAUUUAUUUUUUCACGUCCCCAUUUGCAUGGGUAUAAUAUUUUUAUAGUUUCCACAAGUGUUAUGUAUUUAAAAUUCUAUUAUAGAGAAAAAUCAUUUUAAACUCAAAAUAUAUACAAGGUGUGUUCAUAAAAUGUCCAGUUCUCAUGAAACUACUGAAACUUAAACUAUGUGACAUCCUUUCAGUAUCAUCUAUGAUUGUAGAACGAUAAAGGUUCAGUUCAAUUUUGGAAAUAAAAAAAAUCACUCAGGUGAACAAUUUAGCGAAUCAUAAUAUCGAUAUGAUAUUUCUUCCCCUACCAUUUCUUUCACAUUUUUCCUGUUUUCAUCGGGAUUUGAGAAAGUGGAACUUUCAUUAUGCUGGAAAAGUUUCCAAUAUACGUAAAUUCUUGUUUCAUUUAAUUUCAUUAUGAAACUUUAUUCAUAUUUCAUAUAUUCUAUUUGAUUUUUAUGGCAAAAUUUGAUACAAAUUCUUUGAUUAUUUGUCCAAUAAACAAAAUUAAUAAUAAUAGAAACAGUAAAAAAAUAUCAUGCUCUAUGAGUAUGUAUUAAUAAAAAAAUUAUAUACUGACACUCUAAACAUGUGAAAAUAACAUAUUUUUUAAAUUUUUUCAACACACCUCGUAUAUAUGCCAAAAAAUUGGUUGAAGUAGAAACUUAUUUAUAUUUAGGUUAGUCGUAUUUCAUAAAAAACUUUUCACUUCAUAAAACCUAAAAAUACAACUAUUAGAUAUAUAUUUUUAAAUAAUAUAUAGGGUGUAUCAAAAAACAUGAAGAGCUAAACCUAUAGGUAAAAUUUUACAUAUUUUGCUAAUUAUUUUUGAAGAUGGUUAACAUUUUUACAUUUUUAAAGUUAUACAUUUUCUUUUUCAAUAUUUAGAUCAGAAAAAGGCUAGUGGGGUACUGUCUAAAGACCUUGUAGGCCAGAGUAAUUUAUAUCUUCCUAUUAAAAUAACAAAAUAUUUUUGACAUAAUGUUCCAUACUAUUUUUACGAUUUUUUGCUCUUUCUUAUAAAAAUAUUCAACCAAAAAAUCAAGAAAACCGAUUAUUUAUAAAAUUAUAUUCAUUACAAGUAUGUAUUGUAUACUUUUCUAAAAUAAGGAUUAAUAACGAUGUAAUAAUUUCAUAAAUGGUAUUAUCCUCGACGGUCCCACCAGGAUUAUAGUUUAACGAAAUUUAUCGUUUUUUGCCAACUCUUAACCGAUUACAUCGGUUCAAAAUUUUGAACACUUUAAAGUCCGAUAAUAAUAAUACAAAAAUUUGUGACUUUAUCCUAGUAAGGAUUAAUAGAAUCAUCAGGAUAAAAUUUAAUGAAACGUUUGCACUUGAUUUUCACCUAAAUCAACUAAAAAUUUUACACACACGUACAGGUCAAUUGAAAAUACACUAAUUUAAUAAAUUCUCGUCAUUUUCAUUACCAGGUUUACUAGGAUACAUUAAUUAGUAUAUUUGAACACGAAUAUCUAAUUCAAACAAACAAAUAAAUUCAUAAUUCUCCACAUUUGUUAAGAAUCGAAGACUAAUUCAAUAAAUUCCUGUAAUUGAUAUUUCCAGGAUCAUCGAGGUUGAAAUAUUUGAACUCCAUUUUACAUUAUAGUUAAUUCAAAAUAUUCCACACUAGUCAAUAUACUAAUUUAAUAAUUUUGUCUUAUGGUUCAUCCAUUUUAUUUAAUGUUCCUUAUAAAAUGAAAUCUAGUACGGAAUUUCAAAUGACAUUUGGGUUAAAGUUCCAAUUUUGAUGGAAUUGUUAAUAAAACUUGAUGAGAAAAGAGAAUCCUAUAAAUCUUCUUUUGUUCCCCAGCCCCCUUUGAAUUUUUAUUGAAUAUCUCCGAAAAUAUUGACUUAAUUGAAAAAACAUUUAAACUAGAAUAAAAGCUGUUGAAAAAUUCUGUAAAAAAGGUUGUAAACGUUUUUUACGUAAACCUAUUCAUUCGGCUGUUAGGACUCAAAAUGUCUCGACAGGAAUCAAAUUGACACUUACGCAGCUUAGUUAAAUAAAAUUCUUUUUACGGAUUAUCGUCUCUAAUCAAAAGUUAGUUUUGAACAAAUUUCCAGUAAAAUCGAAACUACACCUGAAAUUUGAAAGCACGUGAAUUAAAAUUUGAAAAAUAGGUAGAAAAAAAUAUUUAUGAACUAAAAUUCGAAAUAUUUUGUAUACUAUCAAUAAUUUUUUGUUUUAAUGAUGAGAGUAUUUUCUUUUUUUUUGUAUUUGGACGCACCUUGUAUAUUAUAAAAACAAUAUAGUUUCAUUUUAGGCUUCAAUAAAUGCGGAGUUUUUUAUGAAAUAUGAUUGUUUCUCAAAAUUCCUAAUAAUAAAUAUGUCCAUUUGUAUACAAUUUUUAGAGACAAACCUUAUAUCAAUGUUGUUAAGACUGAAAAUUUUAUCAAAUAUGUUGUAAGAAUACCGAUAUCCUUUUAAUUUUUUGUUUAACAGCAUGUUUUUGCACGUUUUUAGUUAGAUAUUUUUUAAAAAAAUUAUAAUUUGUAACAUUUCGUAUAAUUAAAAUUUUAACAUUUCUAUAGUUGGACAAUAAAUAAUUUCGAAGAAGAAUUCCAUCUGUAUUUGAUGUUUAUAAAAAAAUGUCAGUUUUUCGUAAAAAACAAUAAAAAAAAUGAUGAAAAUUCGCUUGUGUUUAAAUGUUUUUGCGCUUUGUAUUUUUGUGAAGUGUCGGAAAGCAGCUUGAGUGAAAAAAAAGUUCAAUGGACAAUCACCAUCAAAAGUGUACGUAGCUUUAAAUAGAUUCUUUAAAAAUUCCAGUUGCAUAUAGUUGGAAUUAUUAGAGCAUGUUUUAAUUUAGUUUUUAUUGCUUGCACUAAUGAAUGUCGAAGUUUCUUUAACCGUGCUUUUUUUGUUCAAAUUUUGAGGUUAUGGCAUGUGUAUAUUUGUAAAUACACAAAAUUCAGAACACAUACAUACAAUAAAAACGGAUUAUAUCUAUUUCUCUAUUCACAAUUCUCCUUAUAUAUAAACAGAACUAAGAUUCUUCUUCCAAUACCAGCAUGUUCUGUAUUAGAAAUAGAUUUAGAAUGUACCAUCAAGUGUAUGUUCUCAAAAAUUCCAUAUUUUAAGGAUUCAACUUUGCAAAUUUUUGAGAACAACAUUUUUAUUAUAAUAAUAAUUUUUUUACAGGGGGUGUAAAAAGAGUUUUAAAAAAUUUUGUUAAACUUUUGGAAGAGGGGUCCACUAUUUUUGGACAUAAAAAAUCGUGGAAUUCAUAUAUUUAAUAAUUUUUUUGUGCAUUCAAGGUAAAACUAGAACUUAACUACUGAAAUCCAGUUUGGUUGUCGAAAAAACAUAUAAUUAACAACAAACAAAUUUUUAUGUACUAAUUAAACAUGAUGCGCGAAGAAAAGGAACCCCCUAACCUAAAAACAUUUGAAUAAUUUUCGAAAAUUGUUUAAAUUAUGAUAAUCAAUUAUUAUUUUUUCAAAUUGUUCAUUUUAUAUGUACUUUCAAAAUUAAUUUCAUAAGUACAAUGUUUCGGAAACAAAUCUGGUAAUUUAUGGUUUCAAAUUUUUUUCAACCAAAAUAGGUUUGUAAUUUCCAUUUUAUCUUGAAUGUGUCGAAAAAUGAACAAAACCAAAACAAAAUUAUUAAAAAUAUUAAUAUUUUAUAACCAAAAAUAGUAUGGACCUCUUUUCCAAGUAACAACCAAAAAUUUUUUCUCUAUUUUUUGGUGAUAGUUUUUUUAAUCUCCCUGAAACAACUGUCUGGACAUUAUUUCAAUGUGUAUCUAUAAUUUAAAUCAAUUAUCCUCUUAUUUGGUGCGUUUUAUCUUUUUUUAUUAAUAUGACGUAAAUAAAGUAGUGGAAGCUAGGUCAAAAGUUAAAGCAACACUGGGACAUUAGUUUCAAUGGACAACGCACUAUUAUGACCUUCAAGACAUGAAUAAGGCGAGAGGAAUUCAUAAAUUCAAACUAUGAAUACGAAACUGAAUAAUACUGGUCCUUUGGAAAUCUCAUUCUUACCAAAAAAUCAACAAACAACAUUGCAAUUUCUCAUAAUGACGGUAGGGCUGAAUGAGCGUCUCUCAAUAUAAAUAUUUUCCAAAUGCCCUUUAAAAAAUUGUUUUUUGAUAUGCUAAACAAUUUUCUAUUACUAAAUUUCGAUUUUUUUGUUGCAAUCGAUGAGAAAACUUUGUUUUAACGAGCAGGCGACGUUUCACAUAAAGCACACUCCAAAUUAACCAUCCAGAAGUAUUGAUUCAACACCUAUGCAUUUUGAUCCUCUAAAGAAAGUGUAUUAGAAGACCCUAAGAAAUAGGAACCAGUUGAGACAAAGAAUCUUUGAACAAACUCGUACAUCAGUACCUCAUUUCUGGUUGUGUCUUAAGGACAUCUUCAUAAUGUUUAGACGUAUUGAAAUUCAAUGAGUAGGCGCCUCUUCACAUACUACAAACUCUAAACCGGCCAUCCAAAAGUCCUGUUUUGACCACCAAGGUUUUUGUUUCCUUCAAGGAAGAUGUAUGUACAGCAUGACCAAAAAAAAAUAGAACCAGUUGAGACGAAGAAUCCUUGUGAGAAGUCGUACAUUAGACAUCAAGUACCACAUUUCUGGUUGUGUCUCGAGGACAUCUUCAUAAUGUUUUAACGUAUUGAAAUUCAACGAGCAGACACCUCUCCACAAACUCUAAACAGGUCAUCCAAAAGUCAUGUUUUGACCUCCAAGGUACUUUUAAGGAAAACAUAUAUACAGCACGACCCAAAGAAAUUGGUUUCUGACGAAUUUAUAAUACUUUCCUUUAUCAUUUUCCAUUCACUUAUUUUUUUCUGGUAUUAUCACUCAAUAAAACCAAAACCUGGCACGUAGAUAACACCACCAGUGCUAUAUCACUUUUGAUACUGAGAAAAAUUGUUUUUUUGAUGGAAAGAGAUAAUAUGUCAAGCGAGUGUUACUCAAACUUUCCUCUGACGAUAAACAAUGAAGCAAUGAAGCUGUUGUCCCAGAAAAAAGCCCACAAAAUAAUUUGCAGUAGGAGAUAAUAAUAAAGAAGAUAUAAAAUGACAGAAUAUUCGCGAUUUUUGAUGAACAUUUUUCUAUGAGAAAGUUUUUAUCGAAAUAGGUGCAACUGAUCAGUGAAAAAGAAGACCUUUGGAGGUGGCGGAUGAAGCACCUAAAUUAGCAGACGAUGACUUCACAGGUUAAUUAUGAGGGUGAAGAGCUGGACGACAGAAAGGAAGGAAAUAUUAACAAACGAAAUUACCAGUAAGACAUAGACACGAUCAGUACUUAGAGAAAGAAAAUUUGAUUGAAUGCAUUGUUUCCGGUAUGCUGAGUAGGCGUAUAAGAUUGAGAAAUUUACCCUUAAUAAAAAAUGAUUGUGA